GGAUGUUUUCGAGCAGAGAGAAGGAGCCAAGAUGGCGGAGCCUUCCAGAGAUCCUCCGUCCGCUCUGAGCGCCGACUUCAUGAGCUUCUCCCCCGGAGACACCGCCUCGCGCUGGCUGGCGUGUGCUGACCUGCAGCAGGAGGUGUACUGCCACCUGGCUGAGUACGUGCCCCGCAUCCUGUGCCAGGGGGGCGGCAUGGCAGAGCAUCGGGAGGAGCAGCGGGAGGAGCAGCGGGAGGAGCUGGCCCUCCAGCUGCUGCUCCUUGCCCCCCUGGAGUGGUUCCUGCUGGGGGGGGAGCCGGCGGCCGGCCUGGCGCUGCUGCAGCAGGGCGGGGGGUCGGCGGCGCUCUGUGGGCAUGUCUUCAAGGUGGGGGAGCCCACCUACUCCUGCAGGGAGUGUGCGGCCGACCCGACCUGUGUUCUGUGCAUGCAGUGCUUCCUGGCCAGCGCCCACCGCCACCAUCGCUACCGGAUGACCACGUCAGGAGGCGGAGGCUUCUGUGACUGUGGAGACGCCGAGGCCUGGAAGACCGGUCCGUCCUGCCAGAACCACACGCCUGCCGACCAGAACCGGGAGACCGAGGAGGACCCGGUCUCUCUGCUGCCCCCUGCUGUGGAGGAAAGGAGCUGCAGCAUCUUCUCCAUCAUCCUGCAGUACGCCGUCGACCUGCUGACCUGGGAGCAGGAGGACCAGCUGCCUGCAGGCCUGGAGCCGCCGCAGCGGAGCGACAGCUACUACUGCAUGCUGUUUAAUGAUGAAGUCCACACCUAUGAGCAGGUCAUCUACACGCUGCAGAAAGCCGUCAACUGCAGCCAGAAGGAAGCCGUCAGCUUCGCCACCACCGUGGACAGAGACGGCAGGAAGUCAGUCCGGUUCGGGGAUCAUCAGUUCUGUGAACAGGCGAAGGCGGUCAUCGUGAGGAGCACCAGCCGGCAGUCCAAGCCCCUGCGGGUCCAGGUGAUGCACUCGGCGCUGGUGGCUCAUCAGUGCUUCGCUCUGAAGGCUCUCGGCUGGCUGGGCCAGAUCAUCCAGUACUCUGACGGCCUGAGGAGGAUCCUGUGCCAGGUGGGGCUGCGACCUGGUCCAGAGGGCGAGAACUCCUCACUGGUGGACCGCCUGAUGCUGAACGACUCCAAGAUGUGGAAAGGAGCCCGGAAUGUUUACCACCAGCUGCUCAUGAACAGCCUGCUGAUGGACCGCAAGUUCAAGAAGCUGUUCGCCAUCCGGUUUGCCAAGAACUAUGAGCGCUUGCAGAGCGACUUCAUCAGAGACGACCACGACCGGCAGUUCUCAAUCACCGACCUGUCGGUGCAGAUCUUCACUGUUCCCUCGCUGGCCCGGAUGCUGAUGGUGGAGGAGAACCUGAUGAUGACCAUCAUCAGAACCUUUGUGGAUCAGCUUCGCCACCGCGACGCUCAGGGACGCUUCCAGUUCGACCGCUACACCGCCCAGCAAGCCUUCAAGUUCGGCCGGGUCCAGAGCCUCAUCGGAGACCUGAAGUACGUCCUGAUCUCCCCGCCCCCACAGUGGAGCCAGCAGCUCAGAACCAAGUUCCUGGACGGCUUCGAAACCUUCCUGGACCUGCUCAGGUGCAUGCAGGGCAUGGACCCGGUGGUGAGACAGGUGGGCCAACACAUCGAGAUGGAGCCGGAGUGGGAGGCGGCCUUCACCCUGCAGAUGAAGCUGACGCACAUCAUCACCAUGAUGCAGGAGUGGUGCAGCACUGACGAGCACGUUCUGAUCGAGGCGUAUAAGAAGUGUCUGAGUGCGCUCAGUCAGUGCCAGGGUGGCCUGCCGGACGGUGAGCAGCCAAUCAGCUUGAGCCUGGCAGGUCACACUGUGGACACCUUCAGGUACCAGGUGUCCCAGGAGAAGGUGUCCAUCCACCUGCCCAUGUGCAGGCUGCUAGCAGGACUCCAUGUUCUCCUCAGCAGGACCGAGGUGGCGUCACGACUCCCCGAGCAGCUGCCCCUGGGGGAGCUCAGCCCUCACCUGCUGAUAGAGCUGCCAUUGCGCUGCCUGGUCCUCUGUGCACAGGUGCAUGCUGGGAUGUGGAGGAGGAACGGCUUCUCUCUGAUCAACCAGAUCUACUACUACCACAACGUCAAGUGCAGAGUGGAGAUGUUCGACAAGGACCUGGCCAUGCUGCAGGUUGGCGCCUCCAUGAUGGAUCCGAACCACUUCCUGAUGAUCGUUCUGAGCCGCUUUGAACUCUUCCACACCUUCAGCGCCGCCGACCUACGGAGAAGAUACAGGGAGGCCAACAAGGACCUGGCCCAACAGAACACGCUGAUAGAGGAGAUGCUACACCUCAUCAUCAUGGUGGUAGGUGAGCGUUAUGUUCCGGGCGUCGGCCAGGUGGAGCCGCUGGAUGAGGUCAGGAGGGAGAUCCUCCACCAGCUGUGCAUCAGACCCAUGGCUCACAGCGAGCUGGUCAAGGCUCUGCCUGAGAACGGCAACAAGGAGACGGGUCUGGAGAGAGUCAUUGACAGCGUUGCGUCAUUCAGGAAGCCAGGUGUGACGGGGCGGGGCCUGUAUGAGCUGCGUCCUGAGUGGUCCAAACGCUUCGACCUCUACUUCCAUCACUACAGCCGGGCGGAUCAGUCCAAGGCCGAGGAGGCUCAGAGGAAGCUGAGGAGACAGAACGGCGAGGACACAGCCCUGCCCCCGCCCCGGCCGCCCCCCCUCUGCCCGCUGUUCGGCAGCCUGGUCAACCUGCUGCAGUGCGACACGCUGCUGGCACUAGAGGGCGCCGUGCUGCAGUGGGCCGUGGAGCCCAGCGGAGGAGGCUGGACCGAGUCCAUGCUGCAGAGGGUGCUGCACCUGGUUGCCAUGGCGCUCCUGGAGGAGCAGCAGCAGCUGGAGAGCAGCGGCGCAGACGAAGACGUCUCCUUCACCUUCAGCACCAGGAUCACACGUCCAGGUGAGGCUCCCAGCACGUCCGGAAGCGUCCUGGCUCUGCUGGAGAGCCUGCAGAACGCCCCUCACCUGGAGGUUCACAAGGACAUGAUCACCUGGAUCCUCAAGAUGGUGGGAAACAUCAAAACCACGAGGGAGCGAACGUCUGGCUCCAGCGUUAGCGUCAGCCAUGGCCGCCGCCCAGAAGAGUCGGUGAGGGACAAGGACAAGGCGGAGAGGAAAAGGAAGGCGGAGAUGGCGCGGCUCCGCAGGGAGAAGGUCAUGGCCCAGAUGUCUGAGAUGCAGAAACAUUUCAUCAACGAGAAUAAGGAGCUGUUCCAGCAGAGCAUGGAGGAUCUGGAGGCGGCUGCCACCGCCACCGAGCACAGUCCUCCCAGUUUGGAGCCCACCUGUGUCGCUCAUAUCUGCGUGGGCCCCAUGCGGGUGGGCGGGGCCGAGCGCCGCCAACUGGUCACCUGCAUCCUGUGUCAGGAGGAGCAGGAGGUCAGAGGUCACGGGAGAGCCAUGGUGCUGGCAGCCUUCAUCCAGAGAUCCACUGUUCUGUCCAAGAACCGCAGCCGCGGCAUCCCCGACCCAGAACGCCUCGACCCGCUCUUCAUGCACCCUGACCUCUCGGUGGGUGUCCACACCGCCAGCUGCGGACACAUCAUGCACGCCACCUGCUGGCAGAGGUACUUUGAGGCGGUGCAGCAGAAGGAGCAGCGGCGGCAGCAGCGGCUCAGAGGUCACACCAGCUACGACGUGGAGAACGGGGAGUUCCUGUGUCCGCUGUGCGAGUGUCUGAGCAACACCGUCAUCCCCCUGCUGCCUCACGCCUGCUCACCUGACCGCAGUGUGGAGCAUCCAUGUCUGGAGACCUGGCUGAAGAGAACCAAUCAGCAGGCAGCGGCUCUAGACUCCACCCACAGGAAGCAGUCACAUGGUGCGGCGCAGCAGGUGGAGCCAGCGGUACCUGACAGGUUCAGGGUCGGCUUUGAUCUACAGAAUUCAUUCUCCAGCGGCGUUGGGGAGAUGAUCAACACCUUCAGCAUGUCGGCCUAUAAGGUCGGCCUCAAGGUCAACCCCAACGAGCAGGACCCCCGAGUCCCGGUGCUGAGCUGGUCCACCUGCGCCUACACCCUGCAGAGCACAGAGCGCCUCCUGAUGGAUGAGAAGAAGCCGUUGUUUGGAAGCUUACCUUGCCGACAGGAUGACUGUCUGAGUUCUCUGACCCGGUUCAGUUCAGCCUGCUGGACCGCCGCUCCGAUCAGAACCGUUCAGAACCAUUUCAUCAGGCUGCUGUCAGUUCUGGUUCCCAUUCCGGACUCCCAGCUGGAGGACGCUCCCUGCAUCCUGGAUGUGGACAUGUUCCACCUGCUGGUGUACAGCGUCUUGUCCUACAGCUCCCUGCACAGUCUGGACCAAUCAGGACGAAGGUCUGUGGAUUCGGCUCACCUUCACCUGCUUCAUCUGGUCACUGUGGCUCACCUGGUUCAGGUGCUGCUCACCUUCACCACCGGUGAGCUGAGUAUGGAUCAGGACGGUGAGGAGUCAGAGGAGGAGCAGCUCACCUGUCAGCUGUACGGCAGGCUGAGGGAUCACCUGGGCAGGUGUUUACCUGACAUCUCCUGUGGGUGGCGCCUGUGGAGGUGUGUGAGAGCCUCCGUCCUGCCCUUCCUCCGGACCGCCGCCCUCUUCUUCCACUACAUGAACUCUGCAUCGCCCCCUGCUGACCUGCUGGGUACAGGACCUGGCCAGUGGGAGGCGCUGUGUAGCUACCUCAGUCUGCCCUCCAACCUGCUGCUGCUGUACCAGAACCAGCGGACACUUCUGGAGCCGCUCAUCCACAGGUGGUGCUGUCAUCCAGGUGUGGGCCAGGUGCUCCAUGGGGGCGGAGUCUUGGUGCGGUUCCCCAGAGAGUCCAACAGGUUGAUCGAUCUGCCAGAGGACUACAGCAUCCUGAUCAACCAGGCCUCCAGCUUCACGUGUCCGCGGUCCGGUGGGGAUAAGUCUCGCGCCCCCACGCUGUGCCUGGUGUGCGGCUGCAUGCUAUGCUCUCAGAGCUACUGCUGCCAGACGGAGGUGGAGGGAGAGGAUGUCGGAGCCUGCACCGCCCACACCUUCACCUGUGGAGCGGGCAUCGGCCUCUUCCUCAGGGUCAGGGAGAGCCAGGUGUUGUUCGUUGCAGGUAAAACUAAGGGCUGCUUCUAUCCCCCGCCGUACCUGGACGACUAUGGAGAAACCGACCCUGGCCUCAAGCGUGGGAACCCGCUCCACCUUUGCUCAGAGCGCUAUCAGAAGAUCGAGCGUCUGUGGCGGCAGCACGGCAUUGCUGAGGUCAUAGGUCAUGCUCAGGAGGCCAAUCAGACGCUGGUUGCCAUCGACUGGCAGCACCUGUGACCGCGGACUGGCCCUGCCCACUAACGAACCUCUUUGAACCAAUCAGCUCGCUGCAGCUGCAACCUGAAGUCGGAGCAGCUUUCAGGGAUUUUUUAGGGUGUUCGGAUCCUGACCUUUGACCUCUGAUUGUCACCUCUUCCCCCUCAGUCCUCCAAUCAGACAUCACCUCUUCAGGAGUUGUCGUGAUUGGCUGGAGGUCAGGUGAUUUAUGUCAGGUGUACAUUGCAUUUUGAUAGACUGGGUCUCCAUGGCAACCCAGGUGACAGUAAUCGGCUUACUCCCUGAGACAUCAUUAUGAAAACUUCAGCCAAUCGGAAGCCAGAACUGUGCGAACGACGCCGUUGGUCCACCGUCUCCAUGGCAACCAGGUCGAUGAGCCGAGUCUGAUCGGGUUUUAUUCACUUCCGCUUUAAUGUUUUAAUUAACGAGGUGAGCGUGUGACAUCACUUCCCGUUUGUGUGUUUGAGUUUGGGGAGGCGGAGCGUCAGAACCGGACCAGAACCGGACUGGGUCCGGCUGAUGCUCCGUCUUGGUAAUGUCACUUUAACCUGUAGAACAGAACCAAUAAAAUGGGCUUUAAAGAA